CGAGCGAAGCCACCACCACUAACAGUAAAAGGCAAAAAAAAAAACAGUGAAGUAAACAAAACCGAAUCCUUUGAGGAAAUCAGCGCAAAUCUUAAGAUAUGAGCAAUAGCGAGGACUCGCAGCAGUAUCUGAACGACAUGCUGGUCAAGGAGGAGGACGAGGCCUCCGGUGACGAAUCGGACAAACAGGAUGGAGGGAUUAUGCUGCGGGAACAGGACCGCUUCCUGCCCAUCUGCAACAUCAUCAAGAUCAUGAAGGUUCCGGUGCCGCAGAACGGCAAGAUUGCCAAGGACGCGCGGGAGUGCAUCCAGGAGUGCGUCUCCGAGUUCAUAUCCUUCAUCAGCAGCGAGGCCAUCGAACGCAGCGUGGCCGAGAAUCGCAAGACGGUCAACGGGGACGACCUGCUGGUGGCCUUCAGCAAUCUGGGAUUCGACAACUACGUGGAGCCACUGUCCAUCUACCUGCAAAAGUACCGAGAGUCAAACAAAUCGGAUCGCAAUCUCUUUUUGGACGCCGGCUAUCCACAUAACGAAGACGGAUCUUCCGCGAACGAGGCGGGAAAGCAGUAGCCCCAGGCUCGCCAGCAUUGGCAGUUCAUCUUUCCAACAUAGUUCUGGCGUUAAGUAAGAUUCUUUUUUUACCUCCCCUUACCAGCUUUUAAAGUAUAAUAUCUAAAUGCCCUCCUUUUUAUAAAUAUUUGUUUAAUCUUUACAUCAUCUUAGAAUAUUUUGGAACAAGGUUAGAAAAUUAGGUUUUAAGUAAACACUUUCCCGCCAAAACUAUCAAUUAGUUUUUAAGUAAUAUAUAAAUCAUCUUUUUUUACAAAUUGCAAUUCAGAUACUGUAAGCACUCGCUGUUUUUGCACUCCACCCAACAUUUAGUCAAACUCAAGUUAUAAGGUAUACAUAUUUGUAAUAUUAAUGGAUAAUGUGACAGAUACGUAAUAAGAAAAAUUACCCAUAAUAUAACCAAAAAUAUUCAAAUCAGAUAUCACUUUUCAGUGUUCAUAACAAUACUUUUGAAAA